AUGGAUCCCAUGGAGAGCAUGUCUGUUUCUGGAGGAAAUGUUCCGGCGAACUUCAAUGCUGAGGAUGCCGGAAACAUGGAGGAUAUGGAGAAACAGUUUGCCGUCAAAGUUGUCCAGCACAUGCAAACGUAUUGGUCGAUAUUGGAGAAGGUCAAGGGCUCAACUCUGCGCCUAACGAAGAUGGACGAUGAUAUUUAUAAUCAUCUCAAAGAAGCCUUUCCCGACUUUGACCCCGCUGCUACCGUGGACGAAGACGAGAUGAAAAGUAAAGAUGGCAAGGAACGGUGGAGGAACUUCAUGAUGGCCUAUGAAAAGAAGGUCGAUGACUACAAUUUUGGGACAAUGGUGCGUAAUAACGCCAAGUCAGAAUAUGAGGAGAACACUACUAUAUUUGUGCCUCGAAUGCAGUUUUAUGCCAUUGAAAUCGCCAGAAAUAAAAACGGUUUGAACGAUUGGAUUUACGAGCAGGCGCAAGCUCAGAAAGCCAAGUCGAAAUAG